ACUAAAAAGGCAUAAUGCAUUAACUCCCUGAAUUUAUUUGCAUAUUUAGAUAGAGAUGAGGAAGUAGAUGCAAAAAUAAAGUGGCUUCAGGACCACAAAGAGCCAAGGCAACAAGUUCGAUCAUGGAUGAGGGAUACCUGUAAGGCGAGGGCAGGCUACAUUAGAGACAAUAAGGACAAACCUGUGCAAGAGCUUUUACUGUUGUUUCCACGUUUAAUUGACACAGAAGGAAUGGUUGACCAGGAUUUCCGAAUUCUUUUCCCACAAUCAGCAGAUAAGUUAUUCCUCACAUGGCCGAAAUUUUGCAGACAUGUCCUGAACUAUGCUGAAAAGCAGGUGGAUUGGAGGCUAUACCUUAACUUCAAAGGUGCUGUUGAAACAGAUGAACAGGAGGUAAACUUAUCUCUGCAGGUGUUGCCUAUGCUGUUUCCACCGGGAAAGAAGAAAGGGGCAAAAGGGAGAAGUGGUUCUUCAACGAUGGAUGAAGCCCGCAAGGCAUUCGUGCAGCGCAAAGAGAUUGGUACAAACAUACCAGGCUUCUUGGACCAGAAGACUCAAACACAACCGUUUGUGUUAAUUCAAGGUGAAAUUGACAAACCAGAACAAGUGUUUGUUGUUGUGGAAAAUAGCACCAUCCCAUGUACAAGUCUCCUGAAAGGAAUUGAUAUAUGCAUGAAACUAGUGUAUAUCCUUGAUAUGGAUUAUGCUUGGCAAUGUCAACAUGUUUGGGACUUUCUGCAGAAGAAUGUUUACAAACUUGGGCAGGUGAAAGGUAGAGGUACCUCAGUUCCAGCAGUAACACUUCUCAAAACCUAUCUAGAAAACAAGGUAAAAGAAGUUUAGGGAGGCAUAUGUUUGUACAACACAUUUAGGUGAAUUGGUGUAUUUAAGCCUAAUGGAUGUACCUAUAGUGUUCUGAUUUUUGUAGCUUUAAGAAGUGGUAAUCUUUGAUAGGUAAAUAACUUGCAUCAUUUGUGAAGACAAAUCCAUGCACUCACAGUUAGUGAUUUGUUGAUACUUUCUUAACCAGACAGCAAUUACAACCAACAUCAAAGUAGGAGUGCAUUGAUUUGUCUAAUUUUAAUUUCAGUGCCAUAAUGUUUGGGAUUUCUUAAUUGCAAACGAAUGUAUACACACUGUGGCAGGGGAAAGGCAGAGGUACCUCAAUGCCAGCAGUAACGCGUCUUGUAGAAAACAAAGUAGAAGAAUGAUAUGAAAGUAGGCUUUUUCUUUUGAGAAAUGAAUGUUGUGCUACAAACACUACUUCUC